GAAAGAGAAGAGCCCGGAUAUAACAUAAACUAGGGGGAGGAGCAAGGCACCUUUGGAAGACCGCAAGGGCGGAAUGGGUGGGCUCCGGGAGAAGUUUCUCAUUUUACGUUGAAGUUACCCUAAUGCGACCACCGCUUCUCUUUCCUCAAGCUCUCGAGCACCACGCGAGGACCACUAACGCAAUUUCCCUCUGUGAUUACAAUUCACAAGGCGGAGUGCCAUCGCAGCCGUCUGCGGUGGCAUUUCAGGCAGCCGAAUCUUCCUUGCAGCUCAGAUCCGUGUCUAUAGAAACAGUUUAAACCCCGCGGCCUGGCACACGGGCUUUCCCCCAAGCUCACUGGUGAAGGUCGCACCCAGUCUGGGGGCUGGCGGGCCCUGUCUACAGCUCCUCCGAGAAGCAGCGGCCCCGCGUCCCCGGGAGCGGAGCCACCGCCCGGCAACCCGCCCCGGUCCCGCCCCCAGCUGCAGCCCCCGGUCAUUAGGGUCCCUUCGCAGACGCCCCCGGCAUUCCCGCCGGCGACUUUGCAGAGACCGCGCUCCCGGGCCCUGCCGCUCUGAGGAUGGAGAAGAAAGCUCGGAGCUCCUCCAGAGAGUCCCACGGCAGAGGCGGCGGGUCCCCACACAAGGAGAGCAAGAGGGCGAAGGCCGAGGCAGGCGGCGGGGGCCGCGGGCGGCGGGCUGCGGGGCGCGAGCAGCGGGACCUCGGGCGGGCAGGGAGCCCGGCGGAGACCCGAGCGCCCGGCGCCACCGUCGUGGACGUGGAUGAGGUCCGGGGCUCCGGCGAGGAGGGCACCGAGGUGGUGGCGCUGCUGGAGAGCGAGCGGCCCGAGGAAGGUACCAAGUCUUCCGGUUUAGGUGCCUGUGAGUGGCUUCUUGUCCUCUCAUCCCUGCUCUUCAUCAUCGUGACCUUCCCUUUUUCUGUCUGGUUCUGCAUAAAGGUUGUACAGGAACAUGAGAGAGUAAUUAUAUUCCGACUGGGACAUCUGCUCCCUGGAAGAGCCAAAGGCCCUGGCCUGUUCUUCUUUUUGCCCUGCCUGGAUACCUACCACAAGGUUGACCUUCGUCUCCAAACAUUGGAGAUACCCUUUCAUGAGGUUGUGACCAAGGACCUGUUCAUAAUGGAGGUAGACGCCGUCUGCUACUACCGAAUGGAGAACGCCUCUCUUCUCCUAAGCAACCUUGCCCACGUGUCCAAAGCUGUCCAGUUCCUUGUACAAACCACCAUGAAGCGUCUGCUAGCACAUCGAUCGCUCACUGAAAUUCUUCUAGAGAGGAAGAGCAUUGCCCAAGAAGUAAAGGUACUUCGAUCAAGUUAACAUUGGGGGUGUCGAGAUA